CUCUUUUUAGCUUUCCGAGUAGCGUAUUUUCGUUUGAAUUUACAUUGUAUCUUUAUUUACGGGUUGAAAUUAAUAUUUAUUUAGACAUUACAGUAGUGUACACUAAGUAUUAGUUCGUGUCUAAGUGCACUUACAGUGUUACAUAAACAGUAGAGUCCGUAUCGGCAGUUCCUAUGCUUACAAGUUUACGAUACGUCAGUUGAUGAAUGUUGGCCGAAAGAUAAUGGAUGUGGAUACUCCAAACAUAUUAAAAAGGUGCAGUAGCGCACCCCUCAUCAAUGAGGUGGCGCCUACGGCGGCUACGUCGCCCACGACCAACACUGCGCCCAGGAGCACAUCCUUUUUCAGCAUGUUCUCGAACAGCAGCCUGCCGCGAACCCGCAGCAACAGCAUCAGUUGCAGCCCACUCUCCGCCGCGGUCACCAUACCCUCAAACCUGCAGAGCACCUGCAACCGAAGACUCACUCCCAGAGUGAACCAGCUCCGAGCAGAAGAGUGCGCAGACGUCAGCAACACGCGGGAGGUCGCGCACGAGCGGGAGGUGCAUACGGCCAUGCAGAUGGGGCAGUCUUACGAGGACCUCACACUGAUCGGGUCCGCCAACUCGCCCACUAGGGUUCCCAGAUUUUCACCAGCUGUGUCACCAUCACCAACGCGGUCACAACCCAAAUUCACAACGAGACGGAGCCUAUCACCCAUCGCACUCCGAGCGUCCAGCUUCAGUCCCGUUAGGCCAAACGUGCUGAUCGGGAAACGGCGAUGUGACGACUCAGAAACCUCGCUCUCAAAAAGGAUGUGCACCUCAGAUAGACUCACCCCCUCAACACCCGGGACACCGGACUCGCCGGACUCAUUAGAGUGCACUUUCAGGCCCGUCUCACCCCGACCUACCCCAAUGAAUGAAUCACCAAAUGACCCUCACGAUUUGCACGAGAACCACAAGUCUAGUCCAAGCUAAUAGAUCAUUAAAAUGCCUUAAAUUGGUUGUUAUCUUGGAAAUAAGCUGGUGAAUGACUAAACGUAGUGUGUCGAAUGUCAUAUGCCAAGAAACAGGUAAUUUGUCCUCUAUAGUCAACAUGUCAUUGUGCUCAAAACUGGUGAUAUCGUCAAAAACUCACUCUUCCAACAUCUGGGAAAUCAGACUCAUAGAUCCCCAUCUUAUCCCAAUCUACCUUAAUGAUUGAAUCACCAAAUGAGAUAAAGAAGUAACUGAGGAACCCAAUCUGAUGUAUUAAAACACAUCCGAAAUUGCUUGAAAUCUUGGAAGUAAGUCGGACUAAAUAUAAGUCUAAAGCCAAGAAGAAAUUUUAUAAGUCAAGAAAAGUAGGGAUAAAAAGACACCAUAGCACAAAGAGAAAGGUCAUAAACUACAAAAACAUACAUAUUUGUGGAAACGUAAGCAAGUUAUCGUACGAUAAAAACUGAAUGCACUAAUUUGUGUUGUAUGUAUAUGACUAAAGGAAGGUCUUGGCCUCCCAACACCAGUUCCAUGUUGGAUCAAGUCUAUGAAACUGUACCUUAGAUAUGUAUCUGGAAGGUUUUACUGCGGCCACUAAGGUUAUCUUAUAAACACUGUGGUUUCCUCGUAAAGUGAUAAUACGCUCUAAAAAGUGUAAAGUGAACUUUGUUCUGUGAAAAAAAACAGACAAUUAAGUCUAAAGUGAUUUGUGUUUUGGUAAAAGAGAAAUACUGUAUUAACAGUGAACGAAUUUUAUAUAGUGUGAUUAUUGCAACGGUUGACGGACAAACUCUUAAUCACACAAACUAGUAUUCUUCAUUCGGACAGAAAAUUGUGCAUGAACAUAAAUGCAGUGUCAGGAACAUAUUGGCUUAGGCAUUUGGAUAUUGUAAAUACCAAAUAUACAUUGCAUAAUUUAGAGUUAAAGGGAUUUUAUACAGUUUGAAAAGUGAACACCUGUUUUCACAAACUUGUUACGUAAUUGAUGUUAUGAUAUUAUAAAAAAAUUCGCUCGCAGGUAGGCAGUGUAGGUUUUAUCCAUAAAAAAAAGGCCUUUAAUGUCAGAGCUAAGGUACAAAAGCCUCUAACUGCUCAUUUCUAUGCCAAUCGGUUCUAAAAGUGAGUUUGCAAAUAACAAAAUUGCCACCAUAUACCUAUACGGACUAUGGGCAUAUGUAAUGAAUUUUUUAUCCUAUAUUGAUUUGUUUCGCUUACCUAAUAUAUCUUGUACUCUUCAGGUACUAAUACACCUCCAGAAAAAAACCAAUGAAGUCUCUCUCUCUGUUUCUGGAUACUCCAUAACAUCAAUAGGUCAACUUUCAUAACCUACUUCAUGAUGAUGUGUCUACACAAAUAAUUCUGAUGCACUAUGAGACUUCAUAGUAUUGUCUGUGAAUACAGGUGUAAGGCUCAGUUUACAUGUUUAUUAGAUAAUAUGUAAGAAUUACUGAUUAAUUGAAUAUUGCUACUUGCCAAAUCUGCAAUUUCACUCACUACUGUAUUGAACAUGUAAAGUGGGCCUAGAAGUGUUGGUAUAUUGUUGAAGAGAAGAAACGUAGAAUUAAAAAUAUUGUACAGGUGCAUUCAUAGUAGCCUAUGGGGAAUAUUCGUUGAUUACAUCACAUAAUGUCAGUAUAAAAAUAAUUAACAAAAAUAAAUAUUCUUCAA